AUGUCCUCUUCACCGACAACGACCGUAUCGGCGGUCGCCGCGGCGCCGACAAACACCGCCGUCUCAAAGCCGGCGUUCGACUUGCAUGCUGCAUUAAAUCGCGCACUCGGGGGCGGACUUUCAGGCGCGGCUGCUAUGGUGGUGCAGGUUGCUACUCUCAUGCCACUUCGCACAGCUAUGAACUAUCAAUACCGGUUUGGCACAACAACAACCAUUGCGAUCCAGACCCUCUACAAAGACGGCGGAAUCCUUCGCUUCUACCGUGGUGUAAGCGCCGCCCUCAUCCAGGGCCCUCUUUCGCGUUUCGGAGACACGGCAGCAAAUGCGUUUGCGUUAUCUCUUCUCGAUGGUAACCCCACCACCGCGUCUUUGCCCGUCGCCGUCAAGACGAUCGGUGCAUCCGCGUCCGCUGCCUCUUUCCGGAUGUUCCUGACCCCGGUGGAUACGCUGAAAACGACGUUGCAAACCCAAGGAAGCGCUGGAAUGGCUCUCCUGAAGAAGCGCAUUGCGGCCCAUGGUGUCUCUUCGCUGUGGUACGGAGCGACCGCUUCCGCGGCAGCGACCUUUGUUGGGCAUUAUCCAUGGUUCUACACCUACAACACGCUGCAGGAAAUCCUCCCACAACAAAACACAACGGCAAAGAAGCUCGGCCGCCAGGCGGUCAUUGGAUUCUCCGCGUCGAUUGUUAGUGACACGAUAUCGAACUCCCUGCGUGUUAUCAAGACGUACCGCCAAGUGAACGAGACGCGCAUUUCCUACGCUGGCGCGGCACGAGCUGUCAUUGAGAAGGACGGAGUGGUCGGUUUGUUCGGAAGAGGACUGAAGACGCGGAUCAUCACGAACGGUCUUCAGGGAAUAAUGUUUUCCGUCCUGUGGAAGCUGUUCCAAGACAUGUAUGUGAUAUAA